AACUUGGUCUUCUUCAGUUCAGCCCCUUUUUCCACCUCCAUCCACUCUUUUUCCCAAUUGAAUUCAUUAGGACUCCUCAUUCAAUUUUGAAGAGUGUUGGUGUGUGAGAAUCAACACUACUUCUCUUCAGCUGGUUGCUGGUUUCUGUGCUUUUGAUUGAGGAUGCUGAUAUUAUCAUGCUUAGUUUCUAGUUGAAAGAAGAUUACUGUGAAAAAGUGUUCCUGUCAUCAAGGCAGUAGUUUGAUAGAGGAAGAAGUUAGAAGAUGGAAAAUACACAAUGUUGGGUUCGAAAAAGGGGUCAAAGGAAAAAUGAUUCAUUAUCCGAAGCAUCUAAGUUAAAAAAGUUAGCUAAAAGGGGAAUUUCUCACCAAUGUUUGUAAACAUUAUCCAAUCACAAAAUAGUAAUGUUUUCCCAGAGCAUUUGUUCUUCCUACUUGUUCAUGGACACUACAAGAUUCCAAAGCUUAUGGCAAGUGCAGAUGAGAUGUAUCUUCGUUGCUGCCUCGAAUCUGUACACAAUAGUGCAUUGAAAGCUUCCCAACACAACAAACCUGUGAGCUUGAAUACAGUUAAAUUUGUUGGUGAAGCAGAAUGUGAUUCUGGUCAGUUAGUCUUGGGACAUUCUGUAGCUGUAAGUAAUAAUGCUUCUGAUAAUUGGACUCUAGGCACAGUAAUGGGGACUAAGAGUAUGAUAAAUAUAUUGAAUAGUCCUUUGCUUCAGCACUUUGGUGCUUCAGAAGGAAAUGAUAAUUUGAACAGCAUGAACUUCACUGAUGCUAAAAACAUGACAUGCUAUGAUUUUAAGGACUCUCCUAGUUCAUCAUAUAAACUAGAAAUGGAAACACCAAUGGUGCAAAGUCAUGAGUAUGGUUCCAUUUCUGUUCAUAAAAGAACUACUUCCAAGACUAACUCUACUUGUCUGGAUUGGUUGUCUUCUGCUGCUUCUACUGUGUCUCAAGGAAUGCUCCAGUGAACUUGGAAGCAAGGUGUUCCUCAUUUUGUUUUUUCUGCAGAUGAUCAGAAGGAGGUCUAUGUAGCCAAAUUGAGCAAGGUAGACACAACACAUGAUGAGGAUUUGGACUAUGUGUACCUAUUUCACUUGAACAAGGGCUGCGAGAUUCCUGACCGUGAUUUGCAACUUGUUGGUAAGAUGAAUUUAUCAACAUAUUACCGUUACACCCUCUCCCCUCCCCUGACAAUUACAGAGUAAUGGAAACAUUAGUCUAUAUGAUAGUUAUAUAGAAGUGUCCCUAACAUUUGCAAUGGAAAAAUUAGGAUCUAUUUUGGAUUCAGAAUAUACAACAAUAGUGGACAGAGAGAAAUAAAUUUGUAUACCCGGAUGCGCGUUCUUGAAAUACCAAAAUCUUUCUUGAAUA